GCAGUGAGUCGGUCGAUCUAAUUGACAUGACCAAGACUUGGAUAGCUGAAUGCGAUCGUUCACAUGAAAUAUGCAACGUUGUUGGGGUAAAUGACAGACCUAGUCGACUGGUCUUGGUGUCAGGCACAUCCAUAAAGUUGAUUGAAACUGUAGCACUGACAGUGAUGCCUCCGUAUGCGACGCUGAGCUACUGCUGGGGCAAAUCGCCAGACCUCAUGCUUACGGACGACAAUAUGGCUUCGUUUUUGGAGUUCAUUCCAAUGAAAAGAUUGCCAAAGACGCUCCGAGACGCUGUUGAGGUUACACGCAAGCUGAGCAUCGACUACAUUUGGAUAGAUGCGCUGUGCAUUAUCCAAGGCAACAAGGAUGACUGGCUGCGGGAGUCCGCAAAAAUGCACUCUGUGUACGGCGGCAGCUACGUGAAUAUUGCUGCAGCCUCAGCUGUAGACGUUACGGAGGGGCUUUUCCUCAAACUGCCCUUUUACAAUGGCGGGUUCUUUGCACGAACAACAACAUCUAACACAGACACCGUACGCAACUUUUAUAGCGUCACGGCCGCAAAGAACGCACUACAAGACUACCAUCUUGCGACACGAGCAUGGGCGAUUCAAGAGAAGCUUCUAUCGCCGCGGACGCUAUAUUUUGGAGAUGGCGGCCUGUCUUGGGAAUGUCGCUGUGCAUUCCGGUCCGAGUUUCUGCCAGAGGGUGUACCCAAUCUCAAGUAUAAGAGCCUCUUGCUCUGUGGCACUCAACCGUGGGAAUGGGUUGAUAUUGUCAGAAUAUUUACCAAGGCUAAUUUAAGUUUUGGAGCUGAUCGGCUGCCUGCCCUGUCGGGUAUUGCAGCACGGCAGCAACAGAUUACUGGAGACUCGUACUUGGCUGGCUUAUGGAAGAGUUGCCUGUUUGAGCAACUGACUUGGAACUUGCGCGAAAAUAAAUCUCCGUUGAAACCACGUCCUUGUUGGAGAGCACCAACGUGGUCAUGGGCGUCAGUAGACGGCGAGGCGUCUUGGCGGCCAGUAGUCUCGGAUAGAGUGGUGUAUCAUACCAAGAUUAUAGACGCUUGGACGGAAAUUGCAAGCGCAGAUCCCUUUGGUGCAGUCUCUGCGGGCGAGCUCCGACUAGUCUGCGGUACUAUUCUUCGAGGGACGUUUGAAGUGGCCGCAAAAGGCUUACACAACGGUCGUCCAGUCGAGCACGUACGCUUAGAAGGGUUGCCACGGCCAGUCCGUAUCGACCUUGACUGUUUUGAAAGCGAAUGCUCUGACACUGACGGUACAGUCUACUUUGUCCCACUAUAUAGUGGUCCUACAGGGAAUUUCUUGGGCAGCAAAACAUCCAACGUUAAAUCGUCAGAACCCUCAAAGGCACAUGACAAUGGCGGGCGCAGAGAGAUAUUAGCUGUCCAAGGUCUGGUCCUGCGUACGGUUGGCGAUGGUACAGGCCGAUUCUACCGUGUUGGUUUCUUCCGCUACGACAAUAUUGAACGUAACGGGCGCGAUGAAUAUCACAACUUUAUAGGUCUUUUGAACAGGGGGGACACAAAUGUAGCGGAGACGAUGUGUGUGGCAAUUCAACCGCAUGAUGAUGACGUCGAUAUUCGCUUUAUUCUAGAUGUAGUCUAGAACUAACGUCAUUUUGCCACGGAAUUGGUUUUUUUUUUUUUACGGCCGCGUUAUGCAAUCAGCAGGUAUGUCUAUCUAUCCAGGUCCCGAUUAUCCACGACCGCCAUGGCAUGGUAGCUUCAAACGCGCAAGCGAGUGGGAACACUUUAGUGUCUGGUCCAGUUUUUCUGUACGAUGCAGCCAAUUAUUGUACAUGGAUGGAAAC